ACAAACAUAUAUAAACACUUGCGAAAUUUGUUCUUUCAAAUUAGGUUGAUUACGUCAAAAUGUACACCAAAAUUUUACUAGCUACUUUGUUGGUUAUCCAAAUUGCACAUAUGGUUGCCCUACCUGACCAUUUAAAAGCAACAAUGACUGGUAGUAUUGAUGCAUCACAACUGAACAGGGAGCUAAAACAAUACAUCAACGAACAGAUAAAUCAAGCGUCAAGAACAAGACAAGGAUGUCAGUCUGGAGUCUUUGGCGAGCAUGCCUAUCCAGAGAUCAAAUUUCCAGCUUCAGGAUACAUUACUUUUAACCCACCAUUUACUGCUGUUCCAGCCUUGGUGUACGGCUUAUAUCUGUAUGACUCAUCGAAGAACACCAAUUCCCGACUGGUCACAAACGUUACAAAUCUCUCUAAAUCUGGAUUUAAUCUGAAGAUAAGCACAUUUGCAGGAACUAAAAUGUGGGGAGCUCGUAUUUCCUGGAUGGCUUGUCCUAAAUCAUUUGAAAACUAAUGCAAUUAUCCAAUGUUUGUGUUAAAAUAAAAGAAAUCUUUAUCAG